AAGUUGGUAGUGCUGUCGGUGUGAUUGGUUUGUGUUGAGUGUGUGAUCAUGAAACCGAUGCUGCUCGGACCUUUGGUCGUGUGGAUAUGCUGCGGAAUGGUCACCGCCAGGCAGGUGGCCUCGGCCCGAGGCUCUGAUCCCAACAAGGUUGGAAACGGCGAGGCCCAGACGUUAAACCUCGACGAGGCAAGGAUGGCCGAUCAGGGGAGCCCCUAUUCAAGGGUGCCUCUCGUGUACGGUCCACGGUCUGCGAGGUUGAGGGAGGGCGCCACUGCCUUGGAUAUGGUUCGCAACAUGUACGACGAAUGCUUGUCCGAGGGCUCCUUCUCCUGCGUCAAGCCCAAAAUCCUCGCCUUCCUCAGCGCCUCCUCCGACAAGGAGAACAUCCGUCUCACCAGGGACCUCAGCAUCGUCAAGGCUCCUUCCUACGUCGAGCCGGCUCCCGAGUACUAUCUUCAGACACCUGACCAAUCACCCGACGACGCAGAGAAGAAACAAGCUUUGCGCAUGCUCAUGUUGGACAAAGUUGACGAUUUCCUCUCAUCCCACGAACUUCAAAUAAGGAUACCAAAAGAGAUCAUUUCUGGCUCAAUCGCACCCUUCGUGCCUUCAGCUUUGAUGAAAAAUAUUCCUCAGGAGAUGAGGAUACCUCUGGCCGAACCUGAAACUGGCAAAGGUCGAGGUCUAGCCAAGAAGGUGAUCAUGCCGUUCCUGCUGGGUCUCAAGUUCAAGGCGACGGCAGUCAUUCCGCUGGCUCUGGCGUUCAUCGCCCUCAAGACGUGGAAGGCGCUCACCCUGGGUCUCCUCUCCGUCGUCCUCUCCGGGGCCAUGAUCAUCUUCAAGUUCUCCAAGCCUCCACGGCUGGUCAACUACGAGGUCGUCCACUACCAGCAUCACCCGCCUCCACCACCCCCGCCGGCCGUCGUCGAGCACCCCAUCGCCUACGACCACCACCACCCCUACCGGCGAAGCGUCGAACCACAGCAGCUCGCCUACUCCGCACACCGUGUCUGACCCUCCUGAUUUCCUCAAGUCCAUGUGAAAGAAAGAGAUUAGAGUAUUGUCGUGCUAAGGAAGAUCGCUGUAUGAGCCUUCAAGCCAUGUUUCCUCACU